UUUUGUUUUUGAGAAGGGUAUACUGGUUAUGUACUGGUAUCAGUAUGUUUUAUUUUUUCAUCAGAUCGUGCCGAAUCCUACUGCAAUCUUUCCUGUUUAAUAACCUAUUCUUUACAAUCGAUACAGCAUAUCUCCACUGGAAUACCACAUUCCCAGCAGUGAGUGUGUGCCAGAUUUUAAACGAUGAAACCAUGGCAGGGUUACUUGAAAGAGAAAUGGGAUCUAACCGCGACUACAGGCUGGACAAUGUCAUGUCCGACAUUGCUUUUUAUGCAGGCACCUGCUACUCGUGUGAACACUGCAACUCUGGGCAGUUGAAUUGUCCGGAGAAUUUUUCCACCAUCAUUGACACAUACCGAUUUCAGUGUCAUUCGCUCAUAUCGAAUUGCUCUUGGUUGGGGCGACCAUUCGACUGCUGCCAGCUCUUUCAUCCAUUGGAGACUGAGUUCGGAAUUUGCUACAGUAUCAAUUCACAGAAUAGUCAGCCCAAAGCAGCGCCAAAACUAAUAAAUAACCGAUACACUGGUCCAGGCGAGCUACGAUUCAAGGUGAAUGAAGAUCUGCAAGUCUAUUUGCACGAUGAACAUUCUGUUCCCUAUGGACAUAUCGACCGCACGUUGAAAGAAAAUGUGCUGUGGGGAAUGAACAAGGAGAUAAUUUUCAAAGUAAUCGAAUUAGAAAAUAACGAAAAUGUACACGACAUUGCAAUCGAACGGAGAGAUUGCCGGUUUCCAUGGGAAAUUCCCGACCAGUCGCUUCAACUUUACAACAGCUACAGCUUUUCAUCUUGUGCCGUAGAGUGCUCCAUAGUGGCACAAAUUGCGCUCUGCAAUUGCUCCAACCAUUUAAUGCCCCGGGCCGGCAAGCCUACCAAAAUGUGUGACUACAAAGGACUGACAUGUUUGACGGAAAAAAUAGUGGAACUGGGCCAGCGACGGAAACGAUGCCCCUGUUUAUCAUCCUGUGUUGAACCGGAGUAUUCCAUUGUGCACAGCUCGGAGAGCGAAUUGGAGAGCGAUAAUAAUGCAGUGACAAUAAAAAUGCUUUCGCUACCGGAUAUGAGAUUCCUGAGAAACACCGUGAAAACCGAGACGGAUUUAUUCAUUUCCUUGGGCGGUUUGAUGGGUCUAUUUUUCGGGAUGUCUUUGUUGACUAUCAUUCACGCAAUGUUGUAUCCCAUCCGCGGUUGCUGCAGUCGAAACGUGAAGUAAAAAGCAUCCAGCAGCUUGUAAAAUAUUCUACGAAACAUUGGAACCGUACUGGUUUCCUGAGCAACUUCACUGUGAUGACUCUUUGUCGCUGUAAUUACAAAUAAUCUUAUUUCCCUCUCCAUGGGAAGCCAUGGCCUGUAGUUGGAUAUUGAAAUAGGAAGUUAUCAUGACAAAACCGAAGAUGGAAUCUACAGAUAAUUCAAUUGAUUCGUGGUAAAGAAAUAGCACCAACAAAUAUACUCUAGGAAACGACAAGCAGUUAUCGACGGUCUUAUUAAAAAGUUUUCAUCGUUUCACAAGCUUCAUGGAAUGGCGUGAAAAUGGCACAAUUAUUA